GCUUUCAGCUCCGUUCUCUUCCUGUUUUGGUAGGAGGUGGUGAAGAAGAGGACGGCUGCAGACCUCCACAGUCAUUUUUCACGUUACAUCCGUCCAAAUCCACAAACGGAGAACCGCCAACACAUCGUGAGCAUCACAUCAGAGCCACACAACAUGGACUUCUCUAUCCGUGCAGCUAACGUGGAGGACUGCAAGGACAUCGCGCGUAUGAUUGUGGAGUUGGCUGAAUAUGAGAAAGUCGCAGAUCAUGUAAAAGUCACUCAGAGAGACUUGGAGCAGGACGGCUUCUCCAAGAACCCGUUCUUCCAUGGGAUUGUCGCGGAGGUGCCAGAACAGCACAAAACCAAAGAAGGCCAUACGAAGAUAGGAUAUGCACUUUACUUUUAUUCUUAUAGCUCAUGGUCGGGCAGAGCCAUUUAUAUGGAGGACUUGUAUGUGAUGCCAGAGUUAAGAGGGAAGGGCAUUGGUAAAGCACUUAUGAGCAAGGUAGCUCAGCUGGGCCUGGCUGCUGGCUGCAGCCAGCUUAACUUCACCGUCCUAAACUGGAACAAACCAUCUAUGGACUUUUACCUCAGCCAGGGAAGCUUCGACGUCACGGCUGACAUGGGCUACCACUGUAUGCGCUGCGAUGGAGAGGCGCUGGAGCGCCUGGCCCAACCCUAAGCCAACACUAGGCUCAUGACAGCAUGACCUUUACAACCAUACGGUCACAGAGAGCAGGGAUAGAGCACCACUCAUUGGCCCCAUUCCAAAACUUGACAAUGACAAUCGUUAAGCCAAUUUCACAAAGGGCAGAUUAUUUAAAUAAUUGACUGUGUGUUAAGCCCUGCCGCCCUUAGUUACUGUUACUACGCCUAUCAAGUUUUUCAAGCUAGCACAGCACAAAUGCAGUUUACAGUAAUAACAAUUCAAUUUUUUUACAAUUCCACAAUAUACCAUCUAUUUCACAUGGAGGUAAACAAAAGCAGGCUUCUCAUUUAUAGCAUAUGACUGUCAGUUUUGUCGGCUGAAAUGACAACUGGCAGAUUUAAUUAGAUGCAGUUAGCUAGCAUUAGCUAAUUAGCCAACUUUUGAUGCUUCCCAGCUGACUCGCUUUAAACAGAGUCCUGUAAAAUAUACGUACACAUGAUGGCUAUAUACAUAUUUUAAUGCUAAAAGACUGAGGCUUACGCUAUAUGUCCAGGCAAAAAAUCAAUUGAUGAGAUUUGCUGGAGCGAAAAUCUAAAUCCAAUAAUGAGCAGGAUAGAAAUGCUAAUGUUAAACUCUGACGUAGCAGCAUUUUGGCUCCCACACAAUUGAACUUGUAUUAACACAAAAUAACAUAAUAAUGCAGUUAACUAAUGAUAUGCUCCUUGGCUUUAAAAUAAUGCUCAGUUACUACUGGUAGUAAGCUAGUUAGCCAGGUAUGCUAAUGUUUGCAGCUUACAUUGGUGUUUUUGGUUUUGGUACGGCUAAAACAAAACUCUGUACGAAGUAUCUUACCACAGCCUCACGCACAUCGCUUCAACAUGUACCUGCUGGGCCUUGUUCCUGUUUAAAGAAGGGUUUAGCAAACAGUCAAUUGGGUUUUUAUUUAGUAAGUCAAGGAUGCAGUUUUAAGUAUUGGAAUAGGGCCUAUACGCAAUACAUUUAAAAGAGGCACUAAAAUCUGUGUUUUGUGUUUUUCCCUUGUGAUAUGGUAUGACCCAGAGCAUUUUUGAUUUUGGUGUUAAAUGGAUCAGAUAACCUAACCUCUCUUGUGAAAAAAUUUUAACUAUAUGUUUUUUUAGAGAAAGUCUUAACACACAAUUAAUCAUCUAGAAAUGAAAUAUUUUCUUUUUGCACAAAAAAACAGAAAAACCUAAUGCAUUGCAAUGCUAAGAUGUAUGUUUCAUUGUACUGUAUGACUGUUGAAAGGAGCGAGUUUAUGGUAAGUUAUCCCUUUAAAUUAUUAUAAACUAUGAUAACAGCAACCAAAGAGUCAGUCAUCUCUCCCCUUGUCUUCCAGAUGAGUGCUAUAAAGCUGUUGUAAUGUAUAA